CCCCUUACCCAUAGUCUCUUUAAUUCAUCCUUAUUCAUCAUCUACAAUCUCUCUCUUCUUUUCUCUCUCUAUUAGAAGACUGAAAGAUGGUCAAGGGAAGCGGCAGUGCAUCAUGGUCGACUCGAACCAUAGUGGCUUUGAUGGUGGUCUCAGUGUUGGUGCUUCAAGCUGCCUACGUUCAUGCUGCGACUUACACAGUAGGUGAAUCAAACGGCUGGACAUUUAACGCUGUGGGUUGGCCCAAAGGCAAACAAUUUAAAGCCAAUGACGUUUUAGUUUUUAACUAUGAUCCGAGGAGGCACAACGUGGUCGUGGUAAACAGUGGAGGGUACAACAAUUGCAAAACGCCUGCAGGUGCAAAAACAUACACUUCAGGCCAUGAUCAUGUUAUUUUGUCUAAAGGGCAAAACUUCUUCAUCUGCAACUUUCCAGGCCAUUGCGAAGCCGCUAUGAAAAUCUCAGUCACUGCUGUUUGAUAUUGAUCGAUCAUGCAACUGAGAUAGUACUGUGAUCUCUACUUUGUUACGUGCUUAAGAAAAUUUAUAAAGUAUCCAGUAAAAUUUGCAUCUUAGUUGUUGUUGUGAGUUGUUGUAUUUCCAUUUGUUUUCAGUGUUGUUUAGUUGUUAUUUUUGUUUUCUCUAUGUGUUUUUAAAAAUUGUGUCAAAGCCAAAGAGCGAUGAUAAAUCUUAAUAUGUUUAGCAAAAGAACGUCUGCGCC